UUACUUUGUAAAUCUGAAUGGGUUGCCACAGCUCGACCCUUGUAGGGUCCGGACUCGAUAAUCAUGACGUUACCCGCAACGCCAUCAUGAAGGCCGCUGCCAGUAAAAGCCAUGCCCAUCCCACUGUCGUCCAGCGCUCUCGGAUACGUUAUGAGCCGAUAGAGCAGUUUUAUCACUUCGAGAGUCGAGUGAUCGGUAGCGGUUACAACGGUCCGGUCCGGUUGGCUAUAAAUCGGCGAUUAAAUAAGGCCUUCGCGGUUAAGUCAUUUAAGAAGAAGCGCAUCAGUAGCAAGAAAAUGGCUCUACUGAAAAGUGAGGUCGACAUAUACUUACGGUUGGACCAUCCUAACAUCGCACGCUUACAUGAAGUUUUCGAGGAUGACAAAUUUGUUCAUAUCGUGAUGGAAUACUGCAAAGGUAAGGAGCUCUACCAUCGUCUGGUCUCUGAGGAAGGCCAACACUUCUCCGAAUCGGUGGCGGCCGAGACGACUUACCAAAUGCUACUACCGUUGAAGUAUCUGCAUGCACAUAAUGUUGUGCACAGGGAUAUCAAACUUGAGAACUACCUCUACGAUAGUAAAGAUGAGAAUGCUACGCUCAAGCUCAUCGACUUUGGUUUUAGCAAGAUUAUAGAUCCAUCUCGUCGUAUGCACCAAUCUUGUGGUAGCGUAGCGUAUGUAGCUCCUGAGGUUCUGGAGGGCUCCUACACCAACAAGUGUGAUUUGUGGUCGCUAGGUGUUAUCGUAUAUAUGCUACUGAGUGGAUCGCCACCAUUUCAUGGUCCGGAAAGGGAUAUGUUGGUUAGCAUUGAGGAAGGUGAAUACGAAAUGCCCGAGGAAAAGUGGGCGAAUAUUUCCCCUCAAGCUAAAGACUUUGUACGCAGACUUUUGAUACGCGAUCCCGAGGAAAGGAUGUCGGCCUCAGAGGCAUUGCAACAUCCGUGGAUCGUAGGGCGAUCUUCGAAGGUGUGCGGUUCAUAUCAGAUUGGUGAUGAAGUGUUGGAGUCUAUGCGGCGUUAUGCGGCGUGUUCGCACUUCAGGAGAGCUGCUAUGUGUAUGAUGGCGUACAGCCUCACCAGUGACGAGAUAAGCGAUUUGAAGUUUCAGUUUUGGGCGUUGGACACGGAAAGAAAAGGAGUUAUUAAACUGUCUGAUAUGGUUGAAGUGAUGAAAGGGAAGUUGGACAUCUCCAAUAGGGAGAUUGAGCACAUGUUUAACGUCUUGGAUCAGUCUGGUGAUGGCGAGAUAGAAUAUUCAGAGUUUGUCGCUGCUAUGCUAUUGAAUCGAGUAAAGUUUCACGAAGAUUUGGUACGGGAUACUUUCCGGGCCUUUGAUGUUAAAGGCACUGGUAAAUUGAAUGUUAAUGAUGUAUUGGCUAUCUUGGGAAAAGACGCAGAGGACGCGGAAGAGCUCUUCCGGGAGGGCGAGGUUGACGAGAACGGCGAGAUUGAUUAUGAGAAGUUUUUGAGGGCCCUCAGAUUAGAAAGGGAUGAUACUGAUUCCAAUCACUUACGGUUGAAGUCGAUUGGUAUGGUGGUUGACUCAGCAGUGGCGUCUCGUCCUCAGAGUGAGCAGACUAUUGGUAGGAAAAUGUCUAGGAUUAAGAGCAUCACUGAUGCAUUGCCGCCGACGGCACUAUUCGAACAAUAUGAGGGCACUUCUGAUCGUCUGGCGAUACCUGAUGAAAUCUCGUAUAAGAAGCCUUAUGGUAUAUCGGAUGCUGCUAGACAGGAAUCAGCACGGUGUUCGGAGGCACCCACUGUUACUGGAGUGUCAUCUGAUGAGCUUUACUCAUCGCAGAUCUCCAAGGAAGGAGCGGAGACGCGGUCACCUGGGAAGGCUGCUGUUGUUAAUGGAGUAGUUGGAUAGUGUACACUUAUACGACCAUUCAUUGUAUUCUACUCUUCUAUUGGAUAUCAUCAAUCCUGUUGUCCUGUUCUGGCUAGUGUCGUACAGGAAUACGUAUCUUUUACACUUGUUAUUAGUCUUAUUGGUUUCGUCUGAGUUGAUAACAACACUUAUCUAUGAUAUUCAGUGUAGUGGAGGUAGUCUGAGAGGUUUUUACCGGUUUUGUCUUUGUAUAAACGUUAUCGGAAUAUACACUGUAUGUUGCUCCUGAGAGCAAAAACCGCGAUCGUCAUUUUCUAUUUGGUGGACAUUUAGAACUAUCGUAUUGGUUUGUUUGCCAACUCUGGAAAUGAU